AUGUAUCCCCAAUCGCAAAAGCCACGCAACGUCAUUGUUCCGCUCUGCAAGCUCCUUGUCGCCUACUUUUUAUUUUGCGUCGUAGAGUUCCAAUUCUGGCCAUCUCUUUCCGAGAACCUACCGUACCCGGUAUUCAUCGGUUUCGUCGCGGAGACCUGUGUUGGAUUAGUCUGGCACGUCGUGGUCAAGCGGAUAUCCGCUGCGGUCGUAUUGGGAUGGAGCUCCGGUACGGUGGUUUACUCUUCAGAGGCACAACCGGGGAGGAGAGCGCCGUGGCACCGAUUCUUCGAGGUUGCGAAUGAUCUGAUCAUGGUCCCAAUUUACGCCAUGGCGGCCAACUACGGCGACAGACUCAGCGAAGAUACAUCGCUUCCAGGAUGGUUGUGCGUCCAUGCGUGUCUGAUACUUGCAAGCCUCGUCAAGUACCUGUGUAUUGCGCUGUACACUCGUGUUCGAAGGCUCAUCUAG